UGAAUGAAGGAAACCAAAUGAGAUAAACCCAUUUAGCUUUCUUACAUGAAAACUCAGACCCAACAUAAAGCACUCUGUCUCUCUCUCUCCUCUCGUUUUCUAACACUUAGAAGAAGAAGAAGAAGACAAAGCUUCUCCUUUGAUUUCUUCAUCAGAUCUCCUCUUCGUUUUACAGCAACACCUGUUAAUGUCCCCAUCGAGAAACAUUCUCUUUGUGCAAAGACAUUCAUAGUAUUUAACUACAUAGUUUGAUAGAUAGAUAUAUAGAAAUCGUACCAUUACGAACACAGAGAAUUAGAGGGAAAGCAGAGGUUUUUUUUUGGUUGAUUUGGUUUUGUGUAUUGUAAAACAAGGUGAAGUUUGGGAAGUAAAUGAGGUGUAAGAAACAUCUUACCGACCUAAGUAGCAGCGUCGGCGUCUGCGCCACUUGUCUACGGGAGCGUCUUCUCGGGCUCAUAGCCGCCCAGGCUCAGGCACAGGCUCAAGCCCAACAGGCUCAAUUAGCGCGAGCUGCAGUUGCUGCUGUUGAGGAUCGUCGGAAACCUGACCCGCCCCCGCUGAUUUUCCCUCGGUCCGUUUCUCCUUACGUCAGUCGACGGAAAUCUGACGACAACAGCGCCACGUGGAUCCACCACCAGCGGUUCUACAGCACUCCUCAGGUGGGACCCACCUAUAGCACCACAACCACCACCGAUUUUGUAGCCGCCAGAUCUUUCAAAAAGAAGAACAGGUUCUCGCUUUUUUCGAAUCUGUUCAGGUCGAGAUCCGAGAAAUUCAACUCGGAUCCCGGGGUUCAUUAUCAUCGGGACUCGUGCGAUGAGCCGUCCUCGUCAUCCUCAUCCCCGUCUUGGUUCUCGGCAAUCUUCGCUGAUCGUCGAAAAAAGCAGCAAUCUUCGAGGAGAUCACAUGUCGAUGAAUUGGGCCAAUUUCGCCCGGUAGAUCGGAGAUCAUGUAAAAUCAUAGAUCGGGGAAUGUCGCCAGCGAUCGAAGCGGAUUCGGGAGACGAGUACGACCGAUCUCCGUCUGGAAGCUCGCCGGAAGCCUCGCCACGGUGGAAGAUGACGCCGACGGCAGCAAGGAGAUCAAGGACAGGGCCGAGGAACGUGUCGGGAUUAGCGUUUUGCUUAAGCCCCCUCGUGAGGGCGAGUCCGAACCGGCACUGGAACCAGAAGGGCGGAUUGCCGCCUGACAUGUCGUUUACCAGCGAAGGUAGGCCCCCGAUGAAGCCCCACCUCGCCACCGCCGCGGGCUUUUGCGCGAACAGGUCCAGGAAGCUCGCUGACUUCGGCCGAGUCAAGCCUAACCGCUAGAGUGCGCGGUAACCGUUGACAUUUGACAACAGUGAUUGUGAAGAUACUACUAGUAUUUAUCAAAAUUACGGUUUUGCCAUUUCUUUCUCUGCAUGUUUUACUCUCUGUGAUUCGUAAAUUACUAUUAUUGUUUUUCUUGUGUAAAAUGAGAGGAAAAAACUGUUGCUUCCCAUAUACAAAACAUUUGUUACUAGUAUUACCCAAAAAAAAAACGGAAUUAAUUUUUUGUUA